UGUCCUUUUCUUGAGACAAACGCGCAUUGCCGGCCUCAUUGGACUUUCUUUAAGCAGUGCCCAUUGGCUUCUCCAUCUGCUUUCCAGCAACACAUCUUCCUUAAUUCUACGCUCCCCUACACCUCUUAUCACUACUUCAACAGCGGGUCUCUGCAUCACUCGAUUCACCACCAACAAAUGGCGGAGGCAGUUCUCUUCGACAUUGCUGCGAGUAUUAUUAAGAUUUCGGGCUCUCUUGCUCUCCAAGAGAUUGGACUGCUCUGGGGUUUCAAAGCUGAGCUUAAAAAGCUCGGGAACACGGUUUCCACCAUCCAAGCUGUGCUUUUGGAUGCAGAGGAGCAGCAGGCCCACAACCAUGCGGUCAAAAAUUGGCUUGGAAAGCUCAAGGAUGCCAUGUACGAAGCCGACGACUUGCUGGAUGACUUCUCCACUGAACUUCUACGGCGACAAGUCAUGGCAGGGAAUAACAAGGCAAAACAGGCACGUAUCCUCUUUUCCAAAUCGAACCAGCUUGUUUAUGGCCUUAAAAUUGGUCGUAGGAUCAAGGCAGUUGGAGCAAAACUGAAUGAAAUCGCAGCGGAUAGGAAGAACUUUAGCUUCACUCCGCGCCUUAUAGAAACACAGCUUGAGCACAGGAGGAGAGAAGAUACACACUCUUUUGUACCUGAGGAAGAAGUCAUUGGGAGAGAGGACGAAAAGGAGGUUGUUAAAGCACUGUUAUUUGAUUCCAAAGUGAAAGAGAAUGUUUCCAUCAUUCCCAUCGUUGGGAUUGGUGGACAAGGAAAGACCACACUUGCUCAGUAUGUGUACAAUGACGAGGAGGUCCAAAAACAUUUUGAUCUGAGGCUAUGGGCAUGCGUCUCUAAUCCUUUUGACGUAAAAACUAUUCUUCAAAAGCUCAUAGAAUCCGCAACAAAGAAGAGACUUGAAAGUCUUGAGAUAGAUCCAUUGCAAAGUGAGUUUCGAGAAACAAUUGGUGGGAAGCGAUACUUACUUGUUUUAGACGAUGUAUGGAAUGAGAAUUCUAAUAAAUGGUCUAACUUGAAAAAUCUAUUUGUGGGUGGCUUGAGGGGAAGCAAAGUUUUGGUUACCACACGGAACGAAAAAGUUGCAGACAUUAUACGCACAGCUUCAUCGUAUUUUUUGGGAGGUCUAUCUGAAAGUAAUUCUUGGGAUUUAUUUAAGAAAAUGGCAUUUAAAGAUGGGGAAGAGCCCAAGAAUCCAAAGCUAGUGGAAAUUGGAAGGAGGAUCAUACAAAAGUGUGCACGAGUUCCUCUUGCUAUAAGGAGCAUGGGAAGUCUAUUAUAUUUCAAAAACUCGGAGGCUGAAUGGUUGGAGUUUCAAACCAAUAUACGUUAUGAAAUAAAUCAACAAAGCAAUGAUAUUUUCCCAAUACUUAAGUUGAGUUAUGAUCAUCUCCCGCAACACUUGAAGCAAUGUUUUGCCUUUUGUUCGCUAUUUCCAAAAGAUUCUAAAAUUAAAGUGGAGAUGUUGAUUCAGCUAUGGACAGCGCAAGGCUUUAUUGAUUUGUUAGACGGAACGAUACAUCUUGAAUAUGUUGGUCGCAAGUAUUUUAUGGAUUUGCUUUGGAGGUCGUUUUUCCAAGACAUCCGAAGAAAUAAAUAUGGUGAUAUAAAAAGUUGCAAAAUGCAUGACCUUAUACAUGAUCUUGCACAAUCCGUAGCAGGGGAUGAGUGCUUAAUUUCAAAUCCAGAUGCAGUAAAAGUAGUUGAAAGAACUCGCCAUGUGGCAUUCGAUUCUUUAAAUUCAUUACGCGAUAUUCCAGUUCCCUUGCUCGAAGCAGACAGACUAAGAACCCUUCUUCUGCCAAAUCUUGAUUCAAAUAGGCAAGUCUAUGAUAGACUUAUUUCAAGUUUUAAAUGCUUGCGUGCUUUGAAUUUGAGUGACUCGAAUGUUCAAGAAGUGCCGAAUUCCAUUGGCAAGUUAAAGCAUCUAAGAUAUCUUGAUCUCUCUUUGAAUGAUGAAAUCAAACUACUCCCCGCUUCUAUAACUAAAUUGCAGAAUUUGCAAACACUAAUACUCGAGUUUUGUGGUAGGCUUAAAGAAUUGCCUGAAGACACUAGAAACUUGAUCAGCCUUAGGCAUCUUGUGCUUCGUGCGUGUAAGAGCUUGACUCAUAUGCCACAUGGACUGGGAAAGUUGACUGCUCUCCAAACAUUGUCACGUUACAUUUUAGGGAAGAAGGAAAGUUCUGUUCCAAAGCAAAAGGGUGGGCUAGGCGAUCUGGAUGGUUUAGAUGAGUUGAGGGGAAGCUUACAUAUCAAGGGUUUAGAGCACUUGAGAUCUUCUCCAUUAGAAGCCAGGGCUGCAAACUUGGACAGGAAACAAUACAUUCGAAGACUGAAAUUAGAGUGGGACCAUUAUAUAGAAGCUGGUUAUGAUGAACAACUGUUGCAAAACCUUCGGCCACACCUAAAUUUGAAAAAAUUAAAGGUAGAAGGGUAUGCAGGCGUGAGGUUUCCCGACUGGCUGUCCUCACUCUCGAAUUUGGUUAAAAUUACCCUAAGCAAAUGUAAAUGGUGCCAACAUAUCCCACCAUUGGACCGAUUCCCUUUUCUAGAGUUUUUUUCUCUUAAGAAAUUGAGUGCACUGGAGUACAUAAGCAAUGAUGCUAGUGAUGUGUCCUCUUCUUCCCUCCAAAGUCUCAAACUUAAUGAUUUGCGUAAGUUGAGGGGAUGGUGGAGGAUGAGGGAAGUAGUAACAACAGAGCAUGAGCAAAAUUAUAAUCUUCCAUUAUUCCCAUCAUUUCCAAGUCUUUCUUCUUUAUGUAUCGUGAAUUGCCCUAUAAGGUCCAUAAUGGCAGACGUUGCAACACCCUCCUCUUCCUUUCCCUUUUCCACUCUCUCCAAAUUGAAGCGUCUUAGGCUUUCUUUCUUAAAGGAACUUGAAUAUCUGCCAGAGGAGUGGCUGCAAAACCUAACUUCUCUUGAGGUUCUGAGUAUUUCGGACUGUCCUAAACUACAAAUAUCCAUGUCUCCACUCUUUCAACAUCUCGCCGCACUUGAAUAUUUGGAGAUUGAUCACUGCAAAGACCUUAUCAGCAAUGAGGAUGAAGAGGGCGCGCAAUGCCUUGGACCUACAAUACUUCAUCAUCUACAAAUAAAACAAGUUACAAACUUGGUGUCUCUCCCAAAGGAGCUUAGGCAUGCUACCGCUCUGCAAUUGCUUAGCAUUGAGAAUUGCCCUAGUUUGGUGUCUUUACCAGAAUGGAUAGCCGACCUCACUUCUCUUCAUACACUUCAGAUCCACGGAUGUCAUAAUUUAAUAUCAUUGCCUGAAGCUAUCCACCGCCUCACCUCCUUACGUCGCUUGACAAUUAGUGACUGCACUCGCUUGGAGGAAAGAUGUGAAAAAGGAACAGGCGAGGAUUGGCCAAAAAUUGCUCACAUCCCAAACUUUUCGAAUCAGUGGGACCAAAUAUUCUUCAGGUUUUGGGACAUUGAAUACUUCUUUGGCUAACUAUAGGAAAUGUUACAAGCUUGGUGUCUCUCCCAAGGGAGCUUAGACAUGCUACCGCUCUGCAAUGGCUUGAAAUUAUCGACUGCCCUAAUUUGGUGUCUUUACCAGAGUGGAUAGCCAACCUAACUUCACUUCAGACACUUCAGAUCCACAAUUGUUGCAAUUUAAUUUCAUUGCUUGAAGCUAUGCGCCGCCUCACCUCAUUACAUCGUUGACAAUUUUGCUGUGUCCUCGCUUGGAGAAAAGAUGUAAAGAUGUAAGCUAUGAUCCGCCAACAAUUGCUUGUGGCCUUAACUCUUUCGGCAAUUUUUAUGGAUGGGAUCCGUAGCCUAAUGCAGUACCAAUUAUUCUUCAGAACCAACUGUAGCAUGGAACAAACAAGGGUUUAAGAAUAGACACAUUUUCAGACCAUGCCGAAAAUCAGAUUCGCACAAAGCUCUCAAAUUUCCAAGAGACAUGCAUAGAAAAGCAUCCAUUCAUGAUAUGGGUGUGAUAUUCAUUGGGUUAUUUCUGCAAUAUGCUCAGAUAUUUUAGCCUCACUUGUAGACAAAGCAAUGGACACUAUACAGAGCAUUUCCAUGAUGAGGAAGUUCGGGUUCUUCCACUUGCUUUAAUGCUUGCUUGUCUUCAAGUGAAAUUGAUUGUUGUGCUCCUAGGGCACUAAUGCCUAUGAAAGCCUGGAUCAUAGUAAUCUCACUUUCAAGGCUGGAUGGAAUGAUAUACUUGGGAUGAACCAGAAAACAAGCUUGAAUCUGAAAUAAGAAGAGUUUUUCAAGAUUCAACUCUUGAUCCGAGAAGAAAAGCAUAUCUCAUUCAACACCUUAUGAACAGUUCAGUUUAUGAACAAAGAUGUAGCUGAUGCAAUUCAGAAGGUGGCUGCUGCUUAUGACUCCAAAAUUGUUGAAGGUGUUCUUAGCCAUCAGCAAGGUGUGUUGUGCCAUCUACUCUUCAACCUUUCAUAGUACAUGUGAAGUUUCUCUACAACAGGACUCUUGGAGGAAAAUAGGGCUCGGCUGGGUUUGGUGGAAUGUGUUCUUCAUGAGAAGCCGGGUGAUAAUGUUGCUCACAUCAAAUUCACAGUUUUGCUAAUACCAAAUGGUUCGGAUAGAGUCGCAUCUCAUCCUCUGCAGGAGCUGCAGCCCACAAAGACGAUAGAUCAUCCUGAAAUCAAGGCCUGGUUAAUGUAAUGGAAUUGGUGGUGGAAAGAAGAAGUAAGGUAAAAAUGGUGACAAAGUCAACAGAAUCUGAGUCUAUGGAUGCAACAACAAACGCUUAAUGUUGAUAUCGCAACUCAUAUACAAGUCAAGGAAGAUGGACCUAAGAGGAGGUUGAUUUACGGGAAUCUUAUCAGCAGUUCAUUUUAAUUUGAGCCAAGAAGUACUGUUUUCUCUUUUGCACCAGUUAGCCUUCGAUAUCUGUAACAACCCACACUAAAAAAAUCCGUGGAACGAGGGUCAGACCCUCAUCCCACGUGACAGCAUCUUUAUUUAUUUAUUUUUAAAAAAAAUAUCAUGUUCCCCCCAUUUCAAAAAACCCUUCUUCCCCAAAAUUUCAAAAUCUCCCAACCCUCAUCCUCCACCACCACCGUCUCCCUCCCCCACCGACCGAGGACCGCUUGCUGCUGCCCACCUCCGACCAAGAGCACCACCCACCUCCAAUCCCUCUCUCUACAAGCAGGUUGCAGCAUUGGAGGGUGUUGUUUUGCCACCAAGGUCGUCGACCCAGCUGACAGACAUGGAGGUGGAUGAGUGUGAGGAGACCACAAUGCAUGAUGUCGAGAAUGAGGAGGAGAUGAGGAGGAAGCAUGCCCAAAAAGAAGUGAUCCAUUAUUGUAGUUGUAAUUAAAUUCAAUCAGGUGCUUUUCUUGUAUAAUUUAUUUUCCUGGGAGACAAUGUUAUACUGCAAAGAAAAGAAGCACCCAGUAGGAGCUACAUCAGUACAUUGAAGCAUAGCAUCUGAUCAAAAUUAUACAAACAGAGCUUGUCAUCGUGUAAACAGAAAAGAACCAUUUGCCUAAUUAUUGGGAUAUUAAGCAAUAAUCAUCCAUGAAAAUUAAAUCAAUUUCGAAUAA